AUGCCUCCAAAGCAACAACCCAAAGCCGAUUUGGCGAAAAAGCAGAAACAAGUUGAAGACAAAACUUUCGGUCUGAAGAAUAAGAACAAGAGCAAGAAUGUUCAAAAGUAUGUUCAGAGUCUCAAGCAAUCUGUUCAACCUAAACCCGAUGCAUCUAAAGCUGCAGCAAAGAAAAAGAAAGAUGAAGAGAAAGCUAGGGAAGCUGAAUUGAAUGAGUUGUUCAAGGUAGCAAUUAGUCAGCCCAAAGUUCCUCCAGGUGUGGAUCCAAAGUCUAUACUGUGUGAGUUUUUUAAGGCGGGGCAAUGUCAAAAGGGUUUCAAGUGCAAAUUCUCUCAUGAUUUGAACAUUCAAAGGAAGGGCGAGAAGGCCAGUAUCUACAGCGAUGAGCGUGAUGAAGAUGGAAACAUGGAGGAGUGGGAUCAAGAGACGCUUGAAAAAGUUGUGGAAUCAAAGAAAAAUGAAUAUAGUAACCAGAAUAAGCCAACAGAUAUUGUUUGCAAGUAUUUUCUGGAUGCGGUGGAGAAGAAACAGUAUGGUUGGUUCUGGGCUUGCCCCAAUGGUGCCAAAGAGUGUAUUUACAGACACGCACUUCCUCCGGGAUAUAUCCUUAAAUCUCAAAUGAAAGCCCUCUUGGAAGAGGAAUCAAAGAAGAUGCCAGUUGAAGAAGAAAUCGAAAACGAGCGUGCAAAACUGAAAACCGCAACACAGAUGACUCCAGCGCUAUUUAUGGAAUGGAAGAGGAAGAAAAUAGCUGAGAGAGAUGCAGGUUUGGCUGCAUCUCAAGCGGAGAGAGCUAAGAACGACCGUAUGAGUGGUCGGGAGCUAUUUCUGUCCAAUGCAAGCUUGUUUGUGGAUGACGCUGAGGCUUUUGAAGAAUACCAGAGGGAAAAAGAAGAGGAAGAGAAUGAACAGAAGGCCAAGAACAAAGAAACAGAGGCAGGGACAAGCAAGAGUAGUGGUGAUGCUGAACAGACAAGCUUGUCGAAAACAUCGAUUCAGAUUCGUGAACCAAACAACGAAGGGUCGUCAUCUUGA